AUGAAUAGCCCUAACCUCAACGUAAACAACAUCACAAUGAGCUCACAACAGAUCCAACAGUCCCAAAGACACACCAGUUCAAGAAAUGUAAACUACGCUAAUGUAACAUCGAAAGACAGUUUUCCAAAAAGAGACCAAGCAAUUAUUAUUGAAUCACUUGAAAAUGUGAAUAUUGAAGUAUACCUAGAUGCCUUGUCUUCUCUCGUCCCACCUACAGCCAUCCGGUUCAUCUCCCGGAUUGCUCAGAACCGAAUUUGUAUGUAUCUGGAGUCUUCUCAACUAGUAGAAGAUCUUGUGGAAAGAAAAUGCAAGUUAACAAUUAACAAUCGAGAACUACCAAUUAGAUCUCUUGUGGUCAAAAAUAAAAGAAUUGUUCUCUCCAAUGUAUGUCCAACUAUACCGCACUACACCGUAGAACAAGAACUCAGGAAAAUGGGAGUGGAGCCUAUGUCUCCAAUAACCUAUCUUCGAUCAGGUACUGCUAAUCCUAAGUACGCGCACGUCUUGAGUUUUCGAAGACAGGUCUUCGUAUCUCCAACCGACGAGAAAAAACUACCGGAAAAGUUUCAACUGAACUUCGAGGAUAUAAACUACUGGAUUUACCCUACUUGCGACUCAUUAAAAUGCUUCCUGUGUAAAGAACUGGGACAUUUGGCUAAAAAUUGUCCCAUAAACACACGAGAUACCCAUCAGAAUACUGAGAGUGUUGGGGCAACUUCACUCCACACUACCAAUAUUCAAUCUCAACUACAAACUAAUCUAGAAUCCUUGAUAGAAGACCAAACUCACAAUGAAACUCAAGAAUUACCCACCACCUCAGAUGUAACAAUUGACCCAACUCAAAUGAAAAUAAAUUUACAAGAUCUUUUCGUCGUUCCUACGGUAAACGAUCCAGAGUUCCCAAAAAGAGCCCACCCUCCAACAACUUCAACAAUCUCAUCGUUGGACGUCUUGGAAAAAGAGUUGGAUAUGGAAACAGAACCAGAAGAUUACUCCGAAUCAAUCGCGUCAGAAGAGUCUGACAGUCCUUCAAAAAUCGACAUAACGAACACUCAAUUACCUAAAAAAAGUAUAGCAAAAAAAAGAAAGCUGGCAGAGAAACAAGAAUUCUACAAUGCAGCGUGGAAUAAUGUCAAGGAAAAAGUCGAAGCUCAAGUCCCACCAGCUAAUCACGUUCUCAGCGCUGAUCAGCUGAGACACUUGAUCGAAAGCACUAAAGGUAAGGAAGCGAUAAAAGAUACAGUUAAGCAAUAUUCAGACAAUCAAAGUCCUUUAUGCCUUUGUCUGCAAGAAACUAACUUCAACAAAGAUCACUGUGCUAACUUAAACGGUUAUUUAAAAUACUUCAAAAACAGAGUAGAAGCUAAUAGAGCGAGUGGUGGCGUCGCCAUUUUUGUCAAGUCCCAUGCAAUCCCGGAAGAAAUACAGCUUACAACUAAUCUAGAAGCAGUAGCAGUCAGAUUAAAAUACCCUAUAAACAUUUCUCUCUGCAAUAUCUACAUACCUAACAGCAAAACAUUAGAGACAGAAGAAUUAACAAGAAUCAUCAAUCAGCUUCCUAUACCUUUUAUCCUCCUCGGUGACUUUAACAGCCACCACGAGUACUGGGGAUCGGACCGUCAAGACCCCAGAGGUAACCUAAUAGCAAACUGGUUAGACAGUAACGAAGACUUAAUACUAUGCAAUACUGGACAACCAACCCACUUCUGUACGCGAAGCGGACGAACUAGCUCCAUAGACCUAACAAUAGUUGACAAAAUCAUUGCUCCAGCCGUCAGAUGGGUUGCGCUCGAAGACACUUAUGAUAGCGAUCAUUUUCCCAUAGUCACCAUGCUUCUAUCUCCAGAUGACUGUCCCUCUCCAGUACUCGUUGAAAAGUUUAUCUAUAGUAAAGCAGAUUGGCCCUCCUACCAAUCCAAAGUAGAUGAAUUACUCCAAAAACUUCCGGAAAUCAAUCUCAGAGGUGAAAUCCCAGUUGAUGAAAUAACCGCUGAAUUUUCAUCUCUAAUCCUAGAAGCAGCAAACUUGUCGAUUCCAAAAACUAACGGCAAACGAAAAAAGAAACAAGUAUAUUGGUGGAACGAAGAUUGUAAAAAAGCAGUGUUGGAACAAAAAAAAGCCUUUCGGAUGUACAAGAAGAACGCUCACUCUGACCAGAGCGCCCAACUCAGAAUAGAAUUCAUGAAAAAGAGAGCCAUAGCUAGAAGAACUCUAAAAGAAAGUCGACGAAGCUCAUGGAGAGAGUUUGUAUCAUCCAUUAACAACCAAACCCCUGUUACAGAGGUUUGGAAUAAAAUACACUGCCUAAACACAAAUAAGAAAAAAGCAUUGAGUACUAUAGUUUUAGAAAAAGAAGACGGGAAUCAUACAGCGAAUCCAAUAGAGACAGCAGACAUGCUGGCAGCCUCUUUCGCAGCCAACUCGAGCUCCUCCAAUUAUGAUGAAAAAUUUUUAGACCUCAGGAAAAAUGAAGAAAUCAACUCACUCUUUGACACUCAAGAUAACAGCCAAACCUUUAAUGGAGAACUGUCGAUGCACGAACUAACAAGGGAACUAGCAAAGCUGCGCAACUCCAGCCCAGGCCCUGAUCAAAUACCGAAUAUCCUAAUCAAAAACCUUCCAGUUAGAGGUCUCUGCUACCUACUCGACUUAUUCAACUUAAUCUGGAUAAAACAGCAGUUUCCUCAAAAGUGGAAAGAAGCUAUAAUAGUGCCAAUCUUAAAACCAAAUAAAAUCCCAAGUAACUGCAAGAGCUAUAGGCCCAUCGCCUUAACCUGUAAUAUAAGUAAACUCAUGGAAAAAAUACUUUCCAAAAGACUAAAAUGGUAUGCAGAAGCCAACAAUAUCAUUUCUCCACAACAAUAUGGUUUUCGACAGUUUCGCUCGACUCAAGAUCACCUGGCCAACUUCGUCACUCAAAUAUGUGACGCAUUCAUAGAUAACCAAUUUUUACUAGCAGCUUCCCUGGACAUUGAGAAGGCGUACGAGAUGGCUUGGGCUCACCGAAUCCUGCGCAUAUUGGAAAAAAAGAACAUAAGAGGAAAUAUGCUGGCUUAUAUUAAAAACUUCCUAACAGACAGGAGAAUUCAGGUGAGAGUGGAUCAUACUCUAUCUGAAAGUAGAAUAGUCGAAAAUGGAUUCCCACAGGGAGCAGUAUUAAGUGUCAUUCUCUUUUUAAUAGACAUUAAUGAUGUAAUUGAUCACAUCUCAAGUCCUGUGAAAGGAAAUCUUUUUGCAGAUGACCUCAUCGUACACUGCAGAGGCAAAAACUUAAAUCAUACAUCACACUUAGUGCAAAAAACCUUAGAUUCUCUCCAGAAAUGGAAGAGGAUUAAUUUACUCAAGGUAAUAUCCUCAACAAAGUGGGGAGCGGACAAGUACUCAAUGCUAUUAACUUACCGAGCAACAAUUAGAUCAAAAAUGGACUAUGGAUCAAGUCUCUACGACACAGCAGCAGGCCACCGAUUAAAUGAAUUGAAUAGCAUCCAUAAUUUAGCACUUAGACUGAGCAUCGGGGCUUUUAGAACCAGUCCGAUCAACAGCACCCUAGCGGAAGCAGAAGAAAUGCCACUAUACCUAAGAAGAAAAGAAAUCUUAUUAAAUUUUAUGAACAGAGCCCAAGCACAAACAGGCGACCCAGCCUUCGAUUACACAAAAAAGAAUCCAGUAACAGAUCUCGAAUAUAGACUCAAAAGCAAGUCUCUUAAACCCCCAAGAGUCAGAUACUCAGACGAGCUAGAUAAACUUAACAUAAUAGUCCCCAGUUUCCUCCCUAGAAGACAAGGUAUCUCUCCACCAUGGAAGUCUCCAAACGCACACAUAGAUCUUGAACUAGCAGAGAGACAAAAAAAUACUACACCAGACCAAACGUAUCGUAGCUACUUCCAGGCUGUUAUGGAGAAAUAUACAAACUACACAUGUUUUUAUACAGACGGAUCGGUUAAAAAAGAGCGAACUAGCUGCGCAGUGGUAUUCUCAAAUACCAAGUUGGACUUCCGUCUACAAAAUUUUAAUUCAAUCUUCACCUGCGAAGCUACAGCAAUCUCACAAGCAUUAUCCAUUGCCAUCGACAAGCCUGACCUGGGACAUAUAGCAAUUUUCACCGACUCAAGGAGUUGUCUUUCAGCAAUAUCAAAUAUAAUAAACACCAACCCGAUCAUCCUGAAUAUCCAAGAAAAAAUCCACUCACUUAACGACAACAACAGACUAGUUAAACUAAUCUGGAUCCCUAGUCACCGAGGAAUUCCAGGGAACGAAGAGGCAGACAAAGUAGCAAAAGAGGCUAUCGACAACCUAGCAAUCAACUACUCAAUCGCUACCACAGCUACAGAAUUCAAAAAGCACAUAAAAAACUCAAUCCGAGAUCAGUGGAAAGAAGAGUGGGAGAAAUGGGCAAGAAAAAACGCCCCGAAAUUAGCUGAAGUCAGAGACUCACAUUAUGAUCCUAACCCAGUUGACACCUUCUGCAGGCGUGAUCAAGUCACACUCACAAGAUUACGUAUAGGCCAUACGAAACUAACCCACUCAUACUUAAUGAGCAAAGAACCAAAGAAUAACUGCAAUUUCUGUAAUAUGGAGCUCACUGUUAAGCACAUAUUAUUUGAAUGUCAAAGCCUCGUCCCCAUAAGGAACAAAAUCCAGCUACCGAACACCAUCAAGGACUGUCUCAACUCAACAAGAGGAUGCUACAAGACGUUAAAGUUUCUCAAAGAAAUCAAGAUAAUUAAUGAAAUUUAA